UGUGCGCGGUUAUCAGCUGCUGUUGUUAGUCUUACCUGUAUGGGGAGAACUAGGUUAUGGAAUACUGAAGAAGCACGCUCCGUAAACACAGCUAACAGGGUGCUGCCGGGGGAAUUUAUAUCUUUUCUCAAACAAGAGGGAGUUUAAAUUAAUCAGAUGAACAACAACAUGAUUGGAGAACUCAACUGAGGGAAGCGAUAUCUGCUUGCAGCACAGAAGGGCGGUCGAUUAACAUUUCGCUGGGUGGGAUUGGGAAACGAAAAGCGAUUUUUUUAAAAAGUAUGGACGACUUCAGAAGGGCUGCAUUCAGAAGGAAGAGUAAUACCUGUGCGGAAAAUUCAAAAGAUGUGGUGCCAGAAAGGGGACAUUGGGAGGAGCUUGUGUUGGUUGGCAGCAGUCCGAAACCUCCUUUAUUACAGCAUAAGCCGGCAACCCCAAACUCCUGGAUAACUCAGAAUGCCGGCCACGCAGAUGCUUCGGGGAUAAAUCGAAGAAGACCAGCCUGCAGGCUUGCAUGCCAGGCAUCCAGCGCCGAGCCUCCAGUGCCUUCAAAGCACUCUGACCUCCAGAUUCUGGGGACGGAACUGACGAACCAGAGUAGCGGCAGUAAAGCUCCCCAGAGCGAGAGAGGCAGAAUGGAGGAGACGCCACCACCACCACAGGGGGAGCCCAGGGGCAAGGUGUCCCACCUCAUCAGUCGCUUUGAAGGAAGCAGCCCUUACAAAGAGAGGAAAGAUGGCACUCCAGAUGCGAACACUGCCAUAAGUGUCAUGAAGCAACACAGCGCCUCCCCCAACUCCUGGCUCUCGUCGCAGUGCCAUAGACUGAAGUCAGAUCCAGCGAGGUCUAACCACAGCACAGAUGCAGCCUUAGAGUCACAGGAUGCACAGAAACACAAGACCAAUGGAGUGGUAGCGCAGACGGAGGUGACAGAUAAAGAAAAUGUGCCCUCGUCCUCAUUCGAGAGACCAGCUCAGCAAGACAGCACCACAGCGGACAGUUCUGUACUGAAUGGAGGCAGAGGGGACUUAUCAGCACAAACUACAAAUGCCUGCAAAGGUCAGGCUAAAAAUAGCAUCAGCAAGACUCCAGACAGCCAGGCUGUAGCCCCUCCAGACACAGACCCGGGAGUGUGUGUGGAUGGGACCAGCACAGAUGGUUCAGAACCAGAGCUGGAGAAAUCAGAGGAACCUGAAAAUGAGCAAAAUAAUAAGAAAGAAGAUACCAUGGAAGUCAAGGAAACAAAUGAACAGAAAAUUUACAACAUAGCCAGGGAACUUCUACAAACGGAAAGAGCUUACGUCACCCGGGUAAACCUCUUAGACCAGGUGUUUUGUGCCAAACUGAUGGAAGAAGCCAACAAGGGUACGUUCCCAGUGGACGUGAUAAAAAAUAUCUUCUCCAACAUCUCCUCCAUCAACGCUUUCCAUGGGCGGUUCCUGUUACCGGAGCUUGAGAAGCGGAUGGGAGAAUGGAGUUCGACGCCGCGGCUAGGUGACAUCCUUCAGAAGCUGACCCCCUUUUUGAAGAUGUACGGAGAAUAUGUGAAGAACUUCGACCAGGCCAUGGAGCUGCUGAAGGUCUGGACAGACAGGUCUCCGCAGUUCAAAACCAUCAUCCAGGACAUUCAGAAGCAGGAGGUGUGUGGGAGUCUGACCCUGCAGCACCACAUGUUGGAGCCGGUGCAGAGAGUGCCGCGCUACGAGAUGCUGCUCAAGGACUACCUGAAGAAGCUGCCGCAGGAGUCCUCGGACCGCAAGGACGCAGAGAAGUCACUUGAAAUUAUUGCUACUGCUGCUACGCACUCAAAUAGCUCAAUUCGAAAAUCAGAAAAUCUGAAGAAGCUUCUGGAAGUGUAUGAGAUGCUGGGUGAUGAGGAGGACAUAGUCAACCCUUCCAAUGAGUUCAUUAAAGAAGGACAAAUCCAGAAGCUUGCAGCCCGCAACACCUCCGCCCAGGAACGAUACUUGAUCUUGUUUAACAACAUGUUGCUGUACUGUGCGCCAAAAUUCAGCUUAGUGGGGCAGAAGUUCACUGUCCGGAACAAGCUGGGCAUUGAUGGCAUGAAGGUGCUGGAGACCAUAAAUGAAGACUAUCCGUACACCUUCCAGGUGUCUGGGAAGGAACGGACACUGGAGCUCCAGGCCAGCUCUGAACAAGACAAAGCCGACUGGAUAAUGGCCUUCCAGAAAACAAUAGAUAUCUUUCAUCAAAAGAACGAGACCUUCAAAAUGGCCACAGCAAAGGAACUGGAGGAGCACUCUCUUGAAGUUUCAACUGCAGAGCUGGGGAAAAGAGCCCCGCGCUGGAUACGAGACAACGAAGUGACCAUGUGUAUGAAGUGCAAGGAGCCCUUCAACGCACUGACCAGGAGGAGGCAUCACUGCAGAGCAUGUGGAUACGUUGUGUGUUGGAAAUGCUCAGACCACAAAGCUCCGUUGGAGUACGAAAACAAUAAAAUCAACAAGGUUUGCAAAGACUGCUACUUCAUUUUAAUGGGACGGUCCGACAGCGAGGAGAAAAAUGACAGUAAGAAGAAAGGCAUCUUGGAGAUUGAGGCCGCUGAAGUCUCUGAAAACAGCAUUAUCUGUGGAUUCCUGCAGUAUACAGACAAGACAAAACCGUGGCAGAAAGCUUGGUGUGUCAUCCCCAGAAACGAAGCGCUGGUUUUGUAUUUAUAUGGCGCCCAACAGGAUGUGAAAGCCCAGGCGACGAUUCCUCUGCUGGGGUACACGGUGGAGGAGAGCCAGCGCAGCGGGGACCUGCCGCACAGUUUCAAACUGACCCAGUCCAAGUCUGUGCACGGCUUCUCAGCGGAGAGCGAGGAGCUCAAAAACAAGUGGCUGAAGGUCAUCAAGCUGGCGGUGAUGGGGGACUUCACUGAGCCCGAACCCGAACCCAGCACAGACCCUGCAGCCUCACAGGACAGCCUGCCAGACAGUCUCUGAAACACACCGUCCUGUGAAUAUGCAUGGGCUUUCUAUACUGUGCACUGUCUGCUGUUUGCUCCCUAGGUAGAUUUAGUUUUUUUCGCAUCCACCUCUGUUCUCAACAAUACAAUCUGAGUACUGAUACGACAGUUAGUUAUUUUAGUAGGUUUGUUUAUUUUAACACUAGGAAUGAGAAGGAAAAGAAGAGCUGUUUGGAUGGGCCAACUUCUGGAUGUGCACUAAGACAUUGUAAAAACGUCAGCUGGGAACACUUGUCACUGCAUUUGAGGCAAGACAAAGAGAUGAAGUCUGACAUAUUUCUGACAUUUUCUUAUUCUUUGUGUCUCAUCUUAUCUCAGUAAUCUCCAAUAAUGCACAAGCUUGCACAAGAACAAAGAAGAGCUUCUACAGCAAAACAGUGGCAUUUCUUUGAAUACUUCUUUCAAAUCAUCUGCGGUCUUUAUUUUGUGCUGCAAGUCUGUUUUUAAAAGCUUUUCUUGAAGCAAAGUAAUUCUUGCAAGGAUGUGACGCGACUCUGGAAUGCAACUUACCUCCAGUGACAUUCAGAUUGGGGAUUUUAAGCUUGGAUGACCAUGUCAUUGCUUUAUCCAUCCAUCAGUCUGACUCCACAGAGAGGAUGUCUGCCACAUGAAAUGAACAUUAUGUAAAAGUAUAUUGCUUUACCCAGUCCUUAAGUUACUUUAAAACAGAGUCUGCUUUAAAUGAAUCACAGUCCAUCCACAAGUUAGGGAACAAUUAAUAAAAUGAAUUGAUUUAGAAAAUGUACACUGGCUGUGCGGCGUGUUAUCUUACUGUGUGUUGCCAAGAUAUAAAAACGUCCACUUCUAAAAUGAUUUAAAUUGUAUAGCCAGUGGAAUUUAUGAAGUGAGCAAAGGUAGCUAGUGGGAGCCCACACUGGAGUGCAUACCCCAAUCACAUUCCUAGAGAGGAAAUGGAUUGUAAUAAUUUUGAAGUGCUUUUAAAUGUUGUAACAGCAUUUUAUUUGAACUAAUUUAUACCAGUGUGGAAUUGCAUAUUAGUAAACGUGUCCAGUCUCCUUUUCUAAGUUAAGUUAUUGAUUAUGUUUUUAUACAGUAAAGAAAUGAGAAAUACAGCUACAUUUUGAUACUGAAAUGUGACUAUGGUUCUUGAACAAGAUUAAGAUUAAAAAAAUGUAUAAAUUCCAAAUAAAUGAAUAAAUGCCAUAUUAUUUUUGUUGUGGUUGGUUAUUGUAUUUUGUGAUGCUUUUUCCACCUCAUCAGUCCUAAUGUAAUUUUACAGUACUAAUGAUUUAAAUAUCUGUAUAGUUUGUUUUUGUCUUGCAAUUCAUUUAAGGCUGUUAAUUAUUGGGGCGUGUUUAAAUAAAUGUAAAACAUUUUAAAAAAAAGAUAAACUUUGAAUGUAAAAUAAUAGAUUAUAUAUACAUAUAUGGCCGUGAUUUUCAGAGUUAUUUGAAAAAUUACGCACUUUAAAUUGUCGAAAUGGACAAAAUGUGUACCUUGUAAAA